AUGCGUUUCGGAGCCGCUAUUUCCCUGCUUUGCGCUGUCGCCGCUGUGGCGCCCGCUGCGUUCGCUAUGCCAGUCGCCUCUGACGCGACCGACGGUCUCGAGGCUCGCGCCUACGACGCCGAGGUCGCCGACCUGCUCGCCCGGUCCGACUUCGACGAGGCGACUUCUCUCCUCGCUCGUGCCGUCACGGACGUGCUCGGCGCGCGUGAAGACCCGCCCCGCUACCACAAGAACGACCCCAUCAACGGCAAGAAGCCAGCGUACUCGGCGAAGGACCCGAACCCUCCCCCGAAGUCUUCGGGGGGCUCGAGUAAUGGUCCGCGCCGCCCGCGUGAGCUCGCGGAGGUCGACGAUCUCUGGGCGCGCGAUGUCGAGGAGGUGAUGGCACGCGAAGACCCGCCUCCCUACCGCAAGCACGACUCCAUCAACGGCAGGAAGCCAGCGUAUUCGGCGAAGGACCCGAACCCUCCCCCGAAGUACCGCCAGCACAAUCCGCACGUGCCGGACCGUGAGUCCAAGCACAGGCCUUCGGGGGGCUCGAGUAACGGUCCGCGCCGCCCGCGUGAGCUCGCGGAGGUCGACGAUCUCUGGGCGCGCGAGGAGUUGGAGGACAUGUGGGCGCGCGACGUCGAGGAGGUGAUGGCGCGCGAAGACCCACCCCGCUACCACAAGAACGACCCCAUCAACGGCAAGAAGCCAGCGUACUCGGCGAAGGACCCGAACCCUCCCCCGAAGUACCGCCAGCACAACCCGCACGUACCGAACCGACAUCCUGUUUGCGAGGAGUCGGCGUCAGGUGUGGUCGUCCUUCGUGAUUCGCGUUCUCACUGA